GGCGCAGCUUCCAGACGGUGGAGCUGGGAGUCCGGACGGGGGUGUCAGGAUACAGAGAGACCAGAUCUGUGCCGAACCAGCGAUGGGCGUCCCCCCCAGGACCCGCGCACAGGCGGCGCAGGACGCGCGCGGCGGCUGAGCCACAAACGUGGGGGGGCUGUUGUGAGCAGAGAUGUGCGUGUGUUGCGCGUCGGGCUCUCCGCUCUCCGGGCCGGGUCGUCGCCCCCCCUCGCGCUUCCCGUCAAGUCAUGUCUGAUCCAGAGCGAUGGGCAAGUUCGACGACAACGAGAGGAUCAUCCUCAACGUGGGGGGCACCAGGCACGAGACGUACAAGAGCACCCUGAAGACCCUGCCGGGCACGCGCCUGGCCCUGCUCGCCUCCGACUCGGACCUGGACUCGGUGCUGGACCAGCUGCAACAAGUCCCGGGCUUCAUCGAGUUCAACGCGCGCACCAACGAGUACUUCUUCGACCGCCACCCGGGCGUGUUCGCGUACGUGCUCAACUACUACCGCACAGGGAAGCUGCACUGCCCCGCGGACGUGUGCGGGCCGCUGUUCGAGGAGGAGCUCUCCUUCUGGGGCAUCGAUGAGACGGACGUGGAGCCGUGCUGCUGGAUGACCUACCGCCAGCACCGCGACGCCGAGGAGGCGCUGGACGUGUUCGAGCUCAACGUGGACACCAACGUGGACGAGGACGACGAGGUGGGGAAGAGGUUCGGCAUUGAGGACGUGGCCGCUGACGGGCACGUGAGCCUGUGGAGGAAGUGGCAGCCGGUCAUCUGGAACCUGUUCGAGGACCCCUACUCGUCCCGAGCGGCGCGGUUUAUUGCCUUUGCAUCCUUGUUCUUCAUCCUGGUCUCCAUUACCACCUUCUGCUUGGAGACCCACGAAGCUUUCAACAAAAUCAUCAACAAGACAGACGUACGGAAUAACACUGGGCAUGACUCAGGACCACAGUAUGAAAUUGAAACGGAUCCUGCACUCACAUAUGUGGAAGGUGUUUGUGUCUUCUGGUUCACAAUUGAAUUCCUUGUGCGUGUGACAUUCUGCCCGGUCAAGUUGGAGUUUGUUAAAAGUCUUCUCAACAUCAUUGACUUUGUGGCCAUUCUGCCUUUCUACUUGGAGGUAGGGCUGAGCGGCCUCUCUUCAAAAGCUGCCAAGGAUGUGUUGGGUUUCCUCAGGGUGGUGCGUUUUGUUCGCAUACUGCGUAUCUUCAAGCUAACACGUCAUUUUGUGGGGCUGAGGGUUCUUGGCCAUACAUUGAGAGCCAGCACCAAUGAAUUUCUGCUGCUCAUCAUUUUCCUGGCAUUGGGAGUGUUAAUUUUUGCCACCAUGAUAUACUACGCUGAAAGAAUUGGUGCUAAGCCGAAUGACCCUACUGCUGCCCUCCACACCAAGUUUAAGAAUAUCCCCAUUGGAUUCUGGUGGGCUGUGGUAACCAUGACUACACUUGGCUAUGGCGAUAUGUAUCCAGAGACAUGGUCAGGCAUGGUGGUGGGUGCAUUAUGUGCUUUAGCAGGUGUACUGACAAUAGCAAUGCCAGUGCCCGUUAUUGUCAAUAACUUUGGGAUGUACUACUCUCUGGCCAUGGCUAAGCAGAAGCUGCCCAAGAAGAGAAAGAAACACAUCCCUCAAGCUGUGCAGGGGAGUUCACCGACCUACUGCAAAGCUGACCUCAGCGCCACCUGUAACAACACCCAAGGUGACCUGUGCCAUGUUAAAGGAAGCAGGGUACUAGAACGCAACCGUUCAGUUCUGUCAGCAGAUUGUAGUGGGGGCAGUGACCUUAGCUUGUCCACAGAGGAGAGGGUCCCCAUGCGACGGUCCAGCACCAGGGAACAGGACCGCCACAGUGGGGGGACAUGUUUCCUCCUUGCUGCUAGUGACUACAGCUGCCCUGCAGAUGGAGGGAUGAGAAAAACAGACAACUACAAAGAGGUGGUUUAUACGGGUUUCACACAAGCAGACAGCAGCGUUCUAUCUUAACGGCUGCGGGGGGAGGAACGACCAUGGCAGAAAGACCGUGAUCAGUACUGACGACCUGUUGCAGUGGAGGAGCCCCUUUUGGAGACCGCUCCGACUGGCCAGCAUGGAAGAGGGCGCUCUAAAGCUACAGACCAAGAACCACUCGGAUCAAGGCUCAGCCAGCAGGCCAGGAACAAGAACUCUUGAAAGACUUUAAUAGGCCGUGACAUUUUUCUGAGUUAACCCCUUUUUUCGAGGGGUCCGAGUUCCUUUUUUGGAACUGGUGGGAGGAAAUAACUAGACUAUCUACAUGAUAGACAAUGCUCCUGUGAAUAAAUAAAAUAAACGGCGGCACAAGUGGCUUCGCUCACACAACAAGGUGGCGGCUAAGUUGCACCUUGACAUUUAACAUCAGUCAUUUUUCUUGCUGUGGUCCCCCCUUCCUCUCAAUAAGUGUAUUAAGGUGUAUCAGUCGAGGCACUUUGUGAAGUGUAUUUAUAUAGGAACCUCUAAGGUGUACACAGUGUAGAGAGACAAACGUGUUCAGAUGAAUAAAUCUGACACCACAAUCAUCUCUGCUUUUGUUCUGAUUGGUAGGUUAAUCGCUCUGCUGUGCAUUAAUAUGUGUUGAGAUCUAUAGUUUGAAAAGACCAGGCGAGGGAAGAUCAGUGAGAGGACAUGAUGCUGAAUCUUCCAGUUAGUUUUAGCACAAAGCCAAUGACAAAUCUCCCCUGUGGUGCAGCAGCUAUUGUAGAAGUCCUCUUUCUUUUUUGUUGUUUUGUUCGUUGAACAUGCAAGUACCCUGCAUUAGUGCUGCAGAUCUAUUAGCAAACCAAAUUAUUCUUACUGGAAUAAUCCUCAUAAUUUUGGUGGCUACAAAAGUACAAAUAAAAAACACAACUGCAUGACUUGAUUCUUCCAAACCUUUUCCCCAUGUGGGAAUGGAGCAAAAGUGUAGCAGAAAUGUAUCAAGUUAUACAGCAGGACUUCUAGAAUGGCUACUACCUGCACAGUAGCACUCUUGUGAACCCAAACAAUCAGAUCUAAUUUGCAAUAAGCACCCAAAACUAAAUGCACCGAUUCACACUGUGAUUUCAGUAGCCCGUUAUAGAGAAGGUUGAAAGAAAAGCAAAGCUGGGCAAAACUGACAAUUGGCACAACUUGUGUGGCACGUUGGUAGCGACCUGCACAGUUCCAGGCUAGCUGUUCCAGUAUCAUCUUGUGUCGUAGUAAACACGCUGCUUUACUCUUUGAUCCGUCAAAGGGGAACUGUUCUUGUAUAUUUCUGAACUGAUGUUGUAACUUGAAAACAAACAAAAAAAAGUUUAUUUUUUUUUAUCCAAAACGUGUAUUUUUGUGUCUUACUGUAAGAGUCAUGAUAGUCCAAUGCUGUGCUUCUCCAUCUUGUCCUGAAACAGUCAAAGCUUUUGAUCCAAGAUCACGUUUUUCUAUGUUUUACAGUGGGGGAAAUUCUAGUUUUACGUGUGUAUUUGUGCAGCCUUAAAGUGCAUGCUGACAUC